AUGUUAUAUAACAGCAUUAAUAAUAUAGUGGGUUCUAUAGAAACAGAAAAAGAUAAAGCAGGUAAAGAAACUAUAGAGGGGAUAGAAGUAGAAGUAAGAAAUGUAAUAGAGGUUUUUCAAAUGAUUGAAACAAAAUAUCUGGAGGAAGUUGUUAUGAGCUUACCUAAUAAGAAGGGAACGGAGGAAGGAAUUUCGAGUAAGGUAUUAAAAUCAGUAUUUCAUGUCAUAAAGGACGAGUUUGUAGGAGUAGUUAAUGAUUCUCUAAAGAAGGGUCAAUGUCCGAAUAGUUGGAAGACAUCUACGAUUGUUCCGAUACCAAAAAUGGCGAAACCUAGGAAUGCAAGUGAAUAUAGACCAAUUAACGUUCUACCGAUAUAUGAAAAAGUACUGGAGAUUAUUGUUAAAGAACAGGUAGAGUUACAUCUAGAAAGUAAUGACAUCAUCACGGAAAAUCAAUCGGGCUCUAGAAAGCAACACUCGUGUGAAACUGCGAUACAAAUGAUUAUAGACGAAUGGAAACUAAUAAUCAGUGAGGGUAAGAUGAUAGGAGUAGUAUUUAUGGAUCUGAAACGAGCGUUUGAAAUAUAUAAAUAG